UAUAGAGUGAGCUGCGCGAGCUGCUAGCUUCAGCAGGCAAGUGCCAUUAUGAUGAAUGUUUUCAGCACUUUUUUGAGAGCCAAUUAUCUGCUUCUGUGUGAGUCAUGGAGAUCAUUUAGACUGGCAACAUGCACAAGGCAACACUGGAUCUUUCUCACAAAGGCUGUGGAAAUUGUAAAAGAAUGAAAUGCUUUAUCUUAGGCAGGUGAGAACACAAUUUGCCAGGGCUUUUGAAAAAUAAAGUUUAUGCUAAUGAGAGGAGACGUCAGCAACUGUAUUUCUGUCAUGAGGCUGUUGUGGAAGUACAUGGAUAAAAUGAGGUGUUUUCGGAAGCGAUUGACUAUCCCUUUUAUGGGGAUCCUUAUUACAUGUCUCCUUUUUGUAAACCUGUAUAUGGAGGAUGGUUAUGUUUUGGAAGAGGAUAAGAGGCAGCUGCGGGAAACAUCAAUACAACAGCUUAAUUCAGAAAGAUAUGUCCACACAUUUAAAGAUUUGUCUAACUUCUCAGGUGCAAUAAAUGUUACCUAUCGCUAUCUUGCUGGUUCACCUUUACCUAGAAAAAGAUACUUAACAAUAGGAUUGUCAUCUGUCAAAAGAAAAAGAGGAAAUUAUGUACUAGAAACAAUAAAAUCUAUCUUUGAUCAGUCCAGCUAUGAGGAACUGAAGGAGAUUGUUGUGGUUGUUCAUCUUGCAGAGUUUGAUCUGGCUUGGUGUGAAAGCUUAGUCCAGGAUAUCACCAGAAAGUUUGCCCACCAUGUUAUAGCCGGCAGGCUACUGGUUAUCCAUGCUCCAGAGGAGUACUAUCCAGUUUUAGAUGGGCUUAAGAGAAACUACAAUGACCCAGAGGAUCGUGUCCGGUUUAGAUCAAAACAAAAUGUAGACUAUGCUUUCCUUUUAAACUUUUGCAGCAAUCUCUCGGAUUACUACAUGAUGCUUGAGGAUGAUGUCCGUUGCUCAAAAAACUUUUUAACUGCCAUGAAAAAAGUUGUUACCUCAAGAAAAGGAUCAUACUGGGUGACACUAGAGUUUUCUAAGCUGGGAUACAUUGGAAAACUUUAUCACUCCAAUGAUCUCCCUCGACUUGCCCGCUUCCUGUUGAUGUUUUACCAAGAGAUGCCUUGUGACUGGCUUCUCAUCCAUUUCCAGGGACUUCUCGCACAGAAGGAUGUCAUUCGUUUCAAGCCAUCUCUGUUUCAACAUAUGGGGUACUAUUCCUCUUACAAAGGAGCUGAAAAUAAAUUAAAGGAUGAUGACUUUGAAGAAGACUCCUUUGAUAUUCCUGAUAACCCACCUGCCAGUCUGUAUACAAAUAUCAAUGUUUUUGAAAACUAUGAUGCCACCAAAGCUUAUAGUAGUGUGGACGAGUACUUCUGGGGCAAAUCACCUUCCACUGGAGACUUCUUCAUAAUUGUGUUUGAUAAAUUAACAAAGAUCACCAAAAUAAAAAUUGCCACAGGAACGGAUGACCGGCAAAAUGAUAUUUUGCAUCAUGGGGCGUUGGAAGUUGGACAGAAAGUGAUUGGGACCAAAAAAGGCAAGCAAUGUUCCACUUACAUAACCUUAGGAGAAUUUAAGAAUGGGCAGGUUGAAGCCCAGGAAAUAGAACAUAAAAUUACAUUUGACAUUGAAUGUGUAAGAAUUGUUGUCACAGCCAGUCAAAAAGAGUGGUUGAUAAUAAGAAGUAUAAGCCUCUGGACUACACAGCCACCAAAUCAAUAAACACACAUGACUGACUGCAAGCAUUUAAGCAAGGCAAUAUGUAAGAGAUAUUUAUCAUGCUUUCUAUUUUUUUUUCCUUUGGGUAAAUCAUAUUGAUUUUGACUGGAUUAACUCAAAUCGUGUUUUGCAGAAUCAAUGACAAUUUAGUAAACCUAAAAGAAACUUAGUAUAACUAGGAAUUUGGCCAGGUUUCUUGAAGUAUUACUGCAUAUUCUUCCAUUGAGUGUUUUCUAACAAUGAAUGAACAACCAACAGUGGCAUAAAUACUUCAGACUAAUUAAACACAAAUGUUAUCAUUACAUACUUAAAGAACAGUUUACAUAUCUGAAUGGUAUUUAAAAAAUUCAACAGAUUGAUCUAUGUUGUGACAAUAUAAAUAAACAUCCAUAGAAUAUGCACACACGCACACACACACACACACACACACACACACACACACACACAGACACAUUGACAUGAACACAACCAUGUUCACAUAAAGCCCUGGACCAAUAUUAUGCUUGACACCUAAAUAAUUUGCAAUAUAAAAUGGCACUAUGGGCCGAUAGUUAUUAUGUCCACAUCCAAACUACUGACUAUCACACUUGCUUUCAGUGCAUUAGUUAUGCAUCAUGUUAAGAGGUACAUCGAUUCCACUGGUGCUAAAUGGCCCGUAACUGCAGAGGUACAUGAGUGCAAAUACUGUGUCGUACCUCAUUUAGCUCCAGCAUCCACGCAAAUAAAUAAUUCUUAUAGGUCGUAUUAUUCCUGUAUUGCCAUAAACAAACCAAGUCCAAACAGUGGACAGAAGCAUCAUUGUGUUAUGUUAUUAUAUUGCUAUGAAAAUCCGGUUUAUGGUUUUCCUUACUGGAAUAUACAGUGAGCUCAACUCAUGCUGAACAUUUGCACCUUAUACCACACCUUGUGAACAUUAUUCGCUGUGGAGUGGACCCACAUACUUGAAAUUCCUUUUUACUUUCUUGUUUCUGUCUUUAAUUACCCCAGUCCUUCUGUUCAGUGUUUUAGGGAACUGCUCGGAAGGUUAUAUAGAAUGGUAGUGAUUGCGCACAGCACACCAUUCACUGUUUGCUUUUCUAAUAGAGACAGCUUUUUGUGGAGCAUACUGACGCAUGUUUUAUUUGAUUGAAUUCAAUGAGAUACUCGAGAGCUUGAUGCAUUGUACAACACUGUUUGCUUGAAUUUGUUGGCUAACUACUUGUUUUUGCUUGAUAUAGUGUCAUAUUAUAUAAAUAAUAGUAGUGUUAUGAUGAGAAGGAAAAACGUAUGGUAUUAUAUUUUAUUAAUAAAGGCAUAAUAAUAAUAAUAAUAAUAAUAAUAAUAAUAAUAAUAAUAAUAAUAAUAAUAAUAGUCGCAGCCAUAACUUCCCAAACUUCUUGGAUACCACUAUUAAAGACAGUUUGUGAUUAAAGUGAUUUUGAUAGCAUGAUGUAUUACUGUCAUUUUUACAAUUUCCAUUUGAAGGUGAAUCAGUAUCAUAUUUUAACAGGUAAAUUCGACACUAGAAAUACAAAGAAACAUUACUACAUAUCUGAUUACUAACAAACAUAUGUAAAUGAGGAGGUCAUUUUGUAUAAACCUCAAUUUGUGCUUUAUCAUCCCAGUAUUUGGGCAUACAAAUGUUUAUGAAUUGAUUAAAAAGUAUCCUGUUACCUCAAAAGAGAGAUUGGUUAAGUAAAAUGCUAUUCUAAAUGUAGCCUUAUCUAAUAAUAAUAAUGUGUAAAUGGCUGUUAUUGUCUGUAUAUUUAAUUUGUACCUUGUUUAACUUUAAUUUAUUGUGUUAUUAGGCACUUGCUUAUAAAAUAAAGGUCCUUUUGCAGACAGUGAAUAUGUUCAGUUAACACAUGGGCUCUAUUUCAACGUGAAUGAGUUCCACCAUAUUUUACACAACAGUUUGAAUGUUAAGAAGAAAACAACAAUCUUGUUGUUCUCUGAAAUAUGUUUUAAUGAACAUUGAUAAACUUUAUAAUCAGGUUGCAUGUUAUAUGAGGUGCAAAGUAUAUUUGGGUAUUGGUAUUCUAUAUGGUAUUCUAUGGUGUUUUUUGAUUGGGUAUUAUAUAAGAGAUAUGCAUUAUACAAAAUAUGUAAUCCAAAGCAGCUCUGUUUGAACUUGUAACUUGCCCAGGACUUGUGGUUAUUGUAUUGUUUACCAUAUCAUAUCAUACAGUUGCCCUAAUCAAAGCUGGCUCCCAGCAACAACGACUGUAAUGUGACAAGAUCUCUGUGUCACUCAGCCUCUAUAAUUUCCAAUCAUUAGAGGCAGGCACAUUCCUAAUCAUUGAAGAACACACCUCCACUACACUAAAAAAUCUGUUAAAUGCCUUCAAAUUAAAUUCCAGCCCUGGAACUUGAACUCUGGCAUAUGGUAACAAAAGGUACUGCAGCAGAUUAUCGAACCAUGAAGACUGCAGGUUGACGUGCUUUUACACUAACAUCUGCGCAGAAGUAAUGUUCAUGCCAAAGUCUAUGUCUAACACAUAGGAGUAUAAGCAAAGGCAGAUUGAUAAAAAUGAAACCCUGGCCCAUUUCCCUCUAAAAAGUACACUAAGGGCCCUAUUAGAUCUAAUUUUGUACAGCAAUUUUUUAGAUCAAUUGAAUAGGCCAGCAACUGUCCUUCUAGUUACAAAUUCAAAAUUCUACAAAAGUAAACCAUGUAGAUACAAUAAUUAUCUUAAAUUGGUGUUUAUAUAAGACUUCAUUGUAACUUUUAGCGCAAUAUUAUUAUUAUAGAAUAUAUCUUUUUUGCUUACAUGGUACAUUUCAUUCUGUUUCCAGUUUACAUUGAUUAUUUGUAGAGAAAUAUGUACACAAUUUGUCAGUUAUUUCUCUGGCACAAAUGUUGAUUGUAAAUGUAUUGAUGUGUCUACCCUGGAGUUUUGUAAAAAAAAAAAAAAAAAAAAGUAAUGUUUUGCACUUUGUUUCAAAAAUGAAUUUGUGAUGUUUUGUCAAUAAAAUGUUAUCAUAAAA